AUGUAUUACACUACUUUAAUUUCAUUUUUUCAUUAUGUAUAUUUUAUGAAUUUCUUUAAUUUUAAUAUAUUUAAAAUAAUCUUGUUGUUUUAUAUCAUUUUUCAUUUUAUAUUAUAUUUUAACUUUGUAGAAUCUUACAAGUUUCAUAAUGGUAAUCAUCAUUAUUUGAACGUACGUAAUAAUUGUUUUAAUUUUAACACAUUUUUAAAACCAAUACAUACUCGGAAGAAUCGCUUCAAUUGUCCUAACACAUGUUAUAAUAAUAGUAAAUUGUACAAUAGUAAUUCUCAAAAUGAGAAUAUUUUUAAAAAUGAAGACGAAAAUUUAGUCGAGAAGAUUGAUUUAAAAGGGAAAAAGUUGACAAUAGUUUGUAACUGGAAGUGCUAUUUGAACACGAAAUUGUCAAAUGAAAUGAUAAAUUUGUAUGGAAAUCUUAGAUUCCCGGAAAAUAUAGAAGUUAUAACUUCACCUUCCUCUAUACAUUUGGCCUCAAUGGUCUCACAGUAUAAUAAAUUUGGAAGCAAAUGUAAACCAUGUAGCCAAAACGUUAGUCAUCACUCUAAUAGUUUUGGCCCAUAUACGGGGGAAAUAACGGCUGGAAUGCUAAAGGAUUUGGGAGUAAAUUGGACAAUUAUUGGUCACAGAGAGUGUGAAAUACCCUCUAAAUCCAGCGACGAAAACAAUGAAGCCAUAAACAGGAAGGUUAUAAACGCAUUUAACUCAGGUCUAAAUGUUAUUUUGUGUAUUGGGGAACCUAAGGGGUUUAAUUCAGAUUUGUCAAGUUAUCUCUCCAAACAAUUGGAGGUAAAAAAUAAGGAUGUAAAUUUAUCUGGAGAACAAAGACUAGUAGUGGCAUAUGAGCCAUACUACUCAAUAGGGACAGAUAAACCAGCGGAACCAGAAUUGGUGAAUAAAGUGAUAGAAGAUUUAAAAAAAUCGCUGGGAAAAAUGAUCAAAGACGUUAAAUUCAUAUAUGGAGGAUCAGUAAAUGAAGAAAAUGCACACCUGUAUAUAAAAAGGAGGAACAUAGAUGGAAUCAUGGUUGGAAGGGUUGCACAUAGUGAAAAGAUAGUGGAACUAAUGAAAAAAUUUGAAAAAUUAACGUCAAUGGUAUAG